UUUACUUUGGGAACAGGAGAGGGACAUAGGCUACAUAACUUUUAAAUGCUUGUUUUUUUUGUAUUUAUGUUAUAUAGGCUAGGUUAUUUUUAUCAUUUUCAAAAUAGGCUACUUAACAUUUACUCCCACAACUAAACCUUAUUGGACCUCAAACCGAGUAUUUUUAAUGCGUUCUCGUUAUCCACAUUGAAAUCCGAUCUCUGUCCUCCAGAGAAAAACCUGCACGUGAGUAGGCUAGAUUGAGGUGUAGGCAAAUCUGCCCCAGACUCCCCAAAAAUAUCAGUUUUGUGAGUUGGUGAGUUAGGGGGCACUUUAAAUACUUUAUGAGACGCACUCUAGACCAAUUCUUAAUCAUUUGUCCCCUCUUGUAAAUUCUGAGAAUGUAAUACUACAUUUUUUCUUUAUAUGAAAAAAAUGUGUCAGUUGUGUGUUUCUGUGUGUGCUGCGUGAGUGUGUGUGACGUGUAGGCUCAUUAAAUGUUGGGUUUGAGGGCUGGCUGCCAUGCAUCCACAUUCUGCUGUCCACACACAGCUUGUGUGAUGAUUGGGCGAUAAUUAGCUGGUUGUAUUUGUGAAAGCUCUCACUCCCUCCUUGCUGUUUGCUCUUUGCAUCGGCUGCACUAAGUUAUCAUCUUAAUUUUGUUUCAGAGCUGGAACUGUCAUAGUAUCUUGGGCAGUAGGCUACCUAUUGGUGAGGACACAGUGAGCUGGGCUGGUUGUUUGCUUUUUUUCCCUGAUGAGGGAAGGGGGGCCUGAGGGCAAAGGUUUAAGAGUAACCCUGUGAGAGCUAAUGGUUGGGAAAGUCAUUGCUUAUUAUUUUCUCCAAAUUAGUAGAACUUAACGCACUGUAAUUAAGGGCACCAUAAUUUAAAAAAGUAGUAUUUGAUUAAGGUGGUACUUAAGCAGGCCAGCAGAGUGUACCCUCACGUGACAUUGCUCAUACAGUAUACACGAAAGAGCUCAGUCAGCAGAGUAAGACAAAUGCUUCCUCAGAAAAACCACAUCCUUCCUUUUCACUGAGCAAUGUUCAUCUCUCUACUUCCCCUACCGCCCAUUGCUAUCUAUAUUUCUCAAGUUUUCAGAUACCUACACUGCCAUAUGUUGCAGGCAGACGCUUUAAUCUUCACGCAGAUGCUGGUGAGUUUCAUGCAGCCUGUGCAACCAGCUCUGAGUCUAUAUGUAGCAAACGCUUUUGUGUAGUAUCUGUUUACUUCAUCACAACACUGUUGACAUGUUCCUGGCAAAGAGUCCUCUUAAGUUCUAAUCAAACAUACUAACCCUUACAGUCAAGCAGCCUAAUACUGAAACCUCAAGAUAAGCAUGACCAGGUUUGCUCUCAGUCAGUUCAGAGUGGUUUUGAUGCGCAGUCAUCUCUCUUCCAGUCAUCUUCGUACUCUGUUUGAGUGGUGCUGCUCACCAAGAGCCACACUGGCCUCAGAGACAGCCCCUUUAUGAUGCUGCUUUGUCACCCUUAAGCCAGUUCACGUGUUGUGGCCUGGUUUUUGUGAAGAAAUGACAGGCGUGCACAUGAUUGCCAAAUGGUGGAAGUGCUGCCACUCAAUGUCUAAUUCAGUUGAUAUGGAUGAGGAAAUAAAGGAUUUUUUUAAGAGAUAGACAGGCAGUCAGUCAAGAAAAUUAAAGAACAUGGUUUAGUAAGUGUUUGGGAAAGAUUUUCACACAAAUGCAAAUGAGCUGUUUACCACUAAUAAACUAAUAACACAAAAAGCUGUCCCACCUACAAAGUUUAUACUGUAAUAGAAGGAAUUUCCCCAGACAUUCACUUACUCUGUUUAUUGCCAGCAGCAUUUUACUCUCGUUUUGGACAAUUCAAACCUUAGUUGUCUACACAAGUAAUUUUAGUAAUUUUAGCUACCACACACAGAUUAUUAACUGUAAUGCAGUUAGGAGUAACUCAGACAAAAGUGCCCUAAACCCUCUAAAUAAAACAUAACAAAUCCGAUCCAGUUUGCCCCUUUCAAUAUGUUGCAGGUCACUACAUCUGAAAGCAGACAUAUCAGUUCACAUUCAUGAUACAAUGAGUAAUGUCACUUUUUAAUAAAGAAUUUUUGUCUUAUCUUUGCCUUUGGUGUUGUUAUUAGGAACCUCUUUAAAUUGCUCACUCUUGUCUGUCAUGAAGUUGCAGAAUAUCUCAUUAGCAUAACACCAUUUCUUGGAAUAAUGUUCAUCUCCUCAACAGCUUUCUGUAAGAGCAACAGGAUGGCUUGGAGUUAAAUGACUGGUGUAUGAUAUUUUACUGAAAUGACCUCAUCAUCCAAGUCUAAGAAGGAGAGAAAGAAAGAGGUAGGGACAGAUGCACGCCAGAGAACGAAAGCGUGAGGUUGUUUGCAGCCAAAAGAUUGAUUUUGGAUGAAACGAGAGAGAUGGUGCCUGUGGAAAAAAAGUGGAGGCUGGUGGAGGGCAUGUUUUUGUGCACAGAGCCAGGGGGUCGCAGCAAAGAGACAGAGACAGGAUGAAAGAUUUCAAAAGUUCCGGUAAAAUGUUACACUUUCAUUAUGAGUCAUCACGACAUGUGUGAAUGUGAAUAAUCCCCUGACACACUUCUGGUCCCCUGUUCAGUCUCACACUCAGAGGGUCCCAGGUUAGAUGUUGUCUCACCUCCUCAUCCACAAUGAAGCCACGCUGUUAUUUUGCUUUUACUUUCCUGUACGCCCUCUCUCUCUUCUCUCCUAUGCUUUCCAUACAGUGCAAUCAGACACAAUAUCCCUGGCCAGUGGACAACCCCUUGUCGUGCUGUAACAGGUGCCAACCAGGUGAAUAUAUGAUGCGGCGUGCAUUCAAGAGUUGUGAAAUUACGUGUCAAGCCUGCCCAGAGAACUUUUAUUCUGAUAACUACAAUGUGGAGAUGGCCUGCAAUUUGUGUUUAAAUUGCACUAAACCAAACAUGGAGUUUGAGUCAAAAUGUAACCCCGCUCAUCCGGCUGUGUGCAGAUGCAAAGCUGGCUUCAAAUGCAAAGACCAACCCUGCACACAGUGUGUGCCAAUGCAGACCACUACCCCUACAGCUGUGAAACCUGUCACCCUCACCACACUCUGGGUACCCUCUAAACCACUCAGAGAUACUGUGUGGUUCCUGGUGAUAAUUGCCCUCCUUUGUGCAGGAUUUGCACUAAUUGUUGCAACAAAAAUCAAGCCAUUUCUGCGCUGGAUCAGAUCCAAGCACGGCUACUUUUUGGCUUCAAAAGCUGCAACGGUACCACCAUGCUCCCAGGACGAUGAAGUAUCCACGCCUGUCCAGGAAGUGUGUGGGAAAUGUGACCAACCUAUUGAUGUAUGAGUUAAGAACUAGAGCCGGAACUUGGAUUAGCAAGUAUUUGACAGGUGGACAUUUAGUCCACACACCAGAUGCAAAAAAUCUCUUGUUGCUUUGGACUUCAUGACAAAGGGAAGCAAAAGUCACUCGGUCCACGCUGACGAAUGGAGCCACAGAAAACAAGUGUUUCAAGAUCGAUGCUGUGACUGACAUCUGUGACUCUGAGGUGAUAAAAGUGUAUAUAACACAGAGAGUGUUACACUGUGACGGUUAUGUAUGAGUUGUGCACUAUGUUGUGGUAUGUACUAUAGUACACAAAAGUUAAAGAUAUUUUACAAUCUUUACAUUUAUAUAUAAAUAAUUUUUUGAUCAGAUUAUUCAUAUCACGUUAAUGUUUUUUUUUACUUACAUACAUUUCUACUUUAUUCUUCUUCAAAAUAAAAUUUUAUUGUGAUCAAAA